AUGGAUCUUAUGGAGUGGGGAGACAUGGGCAGUGGCUGCGAAGAUGAAAACUGUGGCCACGCAUCUGGCUUCCCUGAGGACUGCUUGGAUCAAGAGUGCCACUUGGAGGAGCCGGUGUUCGGAUUGAUCGAGUUAGUGUGUGUGACUGUCCUUUACGUUCCACUGAUGCUCUUCGGCUUUCUGGGAAACACACUGACCAUUCUGGUGGUUUGGCUCCGCCCUCAAAUGAGAAGCUCGACCUACCUCUACCUGAGCAGCAUGGCUGUCAGUGAUCUGUUGAUACUCCUACUGCUGCCUCUGGAUCUGUAUAAGCUCUGGAGGCCCAUCCCGUGGCCUUUGGGAGACCUCGCCUGCAGGCUGACGGUGUUCAUCUCUGAGUGCUGCACCUUCAGCACCAUCCUCCACAUCACCUUCCUCUCCCUGGAGAGGUACCUGGCGGUCUGCUGGCCAAUCACGGCCAAGACCGUGCUGACGCGGCGCAGAACCAGGGCUCUCAUCGGUUGCCUCUGGCUGGUCGCGGCCGUUAGCGCCGCGCCGGUGUUGCUCAUGGUUGGAGUGGAGGACGUCGGGGGGGAGGAGCUCGGCCUCGGCGGAUGGAGGGAAGAUGGAGGGUGGACGAGAAAGGAAGGAGAACAGGGAGGGUUUAUGCUUGGUGCGGGGGAAAGAGGAAGUGGACACAGUGGAGGAUUCGAGGAAACGGAGUGGGGAGACAAACAGAAAAUGGGAUGGGGUGAAAGGGUCGGGGAGUUAAAAAGGUUCGGAGAGAAAGUGGAGAGCAAAGCGGGAACGGAAGAAAGAGAAGAAGGAGAUUUAGGAGUUGAGGGAGGGCGGCAAAACAAGAUGAAAGAGGAUGAGGGCGGAGGGCGGGAAGAGGGCGACAUCGACAACCGAGAGUGCCGCUUCACGCGCUACGCCAUCUCCUCCGGCCUGCUGUCGGCCAUGAUGGUUGUCUCCAACUUGUACUUCCUGGUGCCCCUGUGCAUUCUGGGACUGGUCUACAGCCUGAUCGGACGGACGCUGUGUCUCCGUCCACAAAGCAGCCGCAGAGACCAGAGUCACCACCACACGGUCAAAAUGCUGGGAGUGAUCGUCUUGGCGUUUGUCCUGUGCUGGCUGCCCUUCCACGUGGGUCGCACCAUCUUCUUUUUUUCCAUGGGCACCAUUUCCGAGGGACAGAUAUCUCAGUAUUUCAACCUGGUGUCCUCCGUCCUCUUUUACCUCAGCGCCGCCGUCAACCCGCUGCUGUACAACCUGAUGUCCGACAAGUAUCGGCACGCCGUGCGCAGCCUCGUGCACACGCAUUCCCGCCGCCUGCGCACGCUAAUGGCACGCCACUCCACGACCACUUUGUGA